GCUCGCCUCUUGCGCUUCUGCCGCUCCUCGCAGGGACCUUGAGCUUCAGGUGCCGCCCGAAGGCAUCGAAUCCGAGGUCCUCCGCCCGCGUCCGCUUCUUCGCCGCCACCUGGGGCCCGGGCCCGGGCCCUCGGAGGCUUCCUUUCACAUCCCCGCGGCCUCCCCAGGGCCCCUGAAAGUCUCAAGAGACGAUGCUUUAAAGGAAGCUUCCGAGGGCAGAACCCAGACGACGCCGGAAAGGACCAGGGUGGCGAGUCUACUCGUGCAGAACCUCGGCCAUGGGUCGCUGUCAUGGUAUCUCUGGUUGGGGCUGCUCUCGUCCUCACUUGGCGCUGUGCUGACCGGGCUCAGCCUCUGGCGCGGCUUCUGCGUGGAGGUGGCAGCCGAGGAGCUAGUUCCCCCGCGCCCAGGGCACGUCACGUCCGUCUUUCAGAUCCUGUGCAUCACGAGCCUCAACAUCGGCUACGGUGCGAUGGCAGCUACCAUGGCCAUCUUCGUCCUCCCAAAGGAGGCCGAGCAGUUCUUUCCCAAGCAAUCAUCGUUGGGCCUGGGGUUGCUUGAACUUCUUGGAGCUUCCUCGCUACUACUUGGCCCUCUCGCGGGACAGCUCUCGGACCGAACGAAGCAUACUCUGGGCAGACGGCGUCCCAUGGUCUUGAUUUCCACCCAGCUUGCAAUGAUCGCGACAUUGGGCUGCUGGCUGGCGAGCAUCUGCGGCUCUUCCGCUGCUUUUGGGCUGUGCUUCCUCGUGCAGCAGGUCAUGUGGAACGGUGGCCAUGCCGCUCACGCUGCCUUGCUCUCGGAUGUCGUGCAUCCCGGCUCCAUUGGCCUGGCUUCCUCCCUGCAGGCCAUUACGAUGCUCUUGGGUGCGCUCAUGGGCAUGCUCUGCUUCCAGGCCCUUGCGAGCGAAGGGCUCCACUACAGUGGCAUCUAUGGCCUCCAGGUCAUGCUGGGCUUUGCCUUCCUUCCGGUGGUGCAGCUCUCUGCCGGUGAGGCACCCAGCUCUGGAAUGCUCUUGCCAGGGGAGCCGCUCUCCUUCGGCUCCGCGUUUCGCCUUGGCGAGGAGCGCAGUCCUGAUUUUCGCUUGGUCAUGUGGGAGAAAGCCAUUUACUGCAUCUGUGCCGGGGCCAAGAGCUUCAUCCUCUUCUUCGUCCGCGACGUGCUGAACAUCACCCGAGGGUCUGACCAGGCAUUGCUGCUGGCGGAAGCCGCCCUGAGCAACGUGACCGCUGCGGCAGCAGGUGGCUUCCUUUCCUCGUGGCUCUUCACCCGCUUUCACAUCCAAGCCCAGCGGCUGGCAUUUGCUGGUUCGGUGCUGCUGGCGGUCGGUACGCAGUUCUGGAUUUGCGCCUUCUUCAGCCCCGGACUGUUCUCCAAGACCGUGCUGCUGGGAUUUUUCGCCGUCUACGGAUUCGGCCAAGGCUGCUACAUGUCAGCGGACCUUGCGCUGGCCAUCGACACACUGCCGGAUCCAGACGAGGCGUCGAGGUAUCUGGGGCUCUGGGGCCUCAGCGCCUUCCUUGGUGCGGGCGUCGGCGGCCUGGCCAUGAGCUUCGUCCUGGAGCUCUUUGGGAAAACUUUGCCGGAGACCUACGGCAUCCGGGUGCCGCAAGGAAGGUACUGCCUCCACGGCUACAUCGCACUGCUGCUCGCUGGCUGUGUCUGCCACCUCUACGUCGGCAAGUUGUGCCUCCAGAUACGAAGCAGAAGAGACUACGAGCUGGACUUGUCACUGCUGGAUCGGAAAGGCAAGACAAACGCCUUCCUGGUGGAGACCCCGAGUGAGAAGAGCGACAAG